CCCCUCUCAAUUGCAGGCUGCACAUGGUGCGGCUGAUGCUGCUGGAGAGGCUGCUGCAGAACUUACCCCAGCUGAGGAACGUGGGAGGGGUCCGGGCCAUCCCCUACAUGCAGGUCAUUCUGAUGCUCACAACAGACCUGGAUGGAGAUGAUGAGAAAGACAAGGGAGCUCUGGAUAACCUCCUGUCCCAGCUGAUUGCAGAGCUGGGCAUGGACAAGAAGGAUGUGUCCAAAAAAAAUGAGCGCUCCCCAGUGAACGAGGUGCACUUGGUGGUGAUGAGGCUGCUCAGCGUCUUCAUGUCCAGAACCAAGUCAGGAUCCAAGACUUCCAUCUGUGAGGCUUCCUCCCUGAUCUCCAGUGCCACAGCCGCUGCCCUGCUGAGCUCGGGGGCUGUUGAUUACUGCCUGCAUGUGCUCAAGUCACUGCUGGAGUUCUGGAAGGGCCAGCAGAACGACGAGGAGCCCGUGGCCACCAGCCAGCUCCUGAAACCUCACACCACCUCCUCUCCCCCGGACAUGAGUCCCUUCUUCCUCCGCCAGUACGUGAAGGUGA